UCCACCAAUACUCCUCUCUCUCUAAAACCAAUCCUCUCUCUUUCUCUCUCUAGAGAGAUAAAUCAUCAAAAUCUGCUCAUCAGUUAAGCGCAGCAUACAGAUCCUCUCACAAGUCGAUACAUUAAGCCAUGGCAGAAGAAACAGUUAUAAGUCAUGAAAUACCAGCAGCAAAGUUGGCCAACGAGGCUGAGAGCAAUGGCGUCCCCAUUAAGAUAAUAGAAGAGGAAGCAAAGAAAGAAGAAGAAACGGCCCUCGAAGGAGAAUUCGUAAAGGUGGAAAAGGAGGAAAAACCGUCUGUCAUCGAGCGCGCAGUAAGCAGUCCAGAGGCAACUCGAGAGCUGCUCGAGUCACAAGAAAAAAUCAAGGAGCUCGAAAAUGAACUGGAAAAAAUAUCCGGGGUAGCAAAGGAAGCUGAAUCUGAGAACACUCACCUGAAGAACGAAAUCUUGCUGACAAAAGAAAAGCUCGAAGAAAGCACGAAGAAGCAUGAAGAGCUCGUACUCAACAACAAGAAGCUGCUCGAAAAAAGCUCAGAAGCAGAGGACAAAUAUAGUGAGCAACUUAAAGCUUUGCAGGAGGCAUUAAAAGCUCAAGAAGAGAAGCACACGGAGUUGACAAAUACAAAGGAAGCAUUCGAUCGUCUCAGUGUUGAGCUAGAGACCUCAAGCAAGCAGAUGAAAGAGCUUGAAUUAAAGUUGCAAGAAUCGGCUGAAGAAGCCCAGAAGUUCGAGGAGUUGCACAAGCAAAGCGGCUUGCAUGUGGAGUCAGAGACUAAGAAAGCCUUGGAACUCGAAAAGCUCCUUGAGCUGGCGAAAUCAAGUGCUAAAGCUAUGGAAGAUCAAACAGCUUUAUUACAGGACGAGCUAAAAAGCUUGUCCGAAAAGAUCUCCGAGAGUGAGAAAGUUGAAGAGGCGCUGAAGAUCACCACUGCUGAGCUCGCCACUGUUAAUGGAGAAUUGGAGCUUUCGAAAUCACAGGUAAAAGAUGUGGAGCAGAGGCUAGCUUCAAAAGAAACUCUUAUCAGCGAAUUGGCCCAAGAAUUAGAAGUUGCAAAAGCUGCUGAAUCCAAGACGAAAGAAGAUAUUGCCUCGCUUGAGAAUAUGCUCGCUGCAACUAAGGAAAGCCUUCACGAAAACGUCUCGCAGCUUGAAGAUGUGAAAUCGAAGCUGAAGGAGGAAGUUGCUGCAAAGGAAGGGGUCGAAGAGUUCUUGAAAAGCCAUGAAACGAAGGCGAAAAUCGCGCAGGAGGAUUUAGAGAAAGUGGCUAAAGAGAAACAAGCGCUAGAAGAUGCUGUGUCUGAUCUGACCAAUAAUAUGGUCCAGAUGAAGGAGCUGUGCAAUGACCUUGAGGCGAAGCUGCAGCAAUCCGACGAGAAUUUCUUCAAGGCUGAUACCCUUUUAUCGGAAGCAGUUGCUAACAGCAAAGAACUUGAAGAGAAAUUGAAAGCCAUUGAAGAGCUUCACAGCCACAAAAAUCGGGAGCUUGAGGGCACACAGCAAGCGUUGAAUGUGGCGACAGAAGAAUCAAAAUUGCAGCUGAAAGAAUUUGAAACCCGUUGUAUUGCAGCCGAGCAGAAGACUGUUGAGCUAGAGCAGCUACUGAAUUUGGAAGAACUCAAAAGCCAUGAUUAUCAAAAGGAAUUGAGAGAGUUAUCUCAGAAACUAUCCGAACUGAAUGGUGAUCUUACGAAGGAGGUGGAAGUUAAGCAACAACUGGAAACCAAGUUGCAAGAAUUCCAGGCCAAAGUAGCUGAGAUGGAGUCUGAGUUGACCAAGUCAACAUCCCGUAAUUCUGAGCUCGAGAUUGAAUUAAAGAAUGUGAUGGAAAAAGCAUCGGAGCACGAGGGACGGGCGAAUACUGUUCAUGAGCGUAGCCUUGAACUCGAGAGUUUGAUACAGACAUCGGAUUCCAAAGCGGGGGAUGCUGUAAAAAAGGUGGGCGAGUUGGAAUUACUUCUCGAGACAGAAAAAAAUAGGAUUAAGGAGCUCGAAGAUCAAAUAAGCUUGUUAGAGAAGAAAUGUGAGAAUGUGGAAGCAGAAUCCUUAAAAAGCGGUAAACAAGUGUCUGAACUUGGAGCAGAGCUUGAGGUGGCGCAGUUAAAAGCAUCGAGUCUAGAGGCUGCAUUGCAAGCAUCCACAGACAAGGAAAAGGAAUUGUCUGAAAUCUUGAAUUCGAAAACCGAAGAGAAUGGGCACUUAAAAGAUUCGUCGAAAACCUUAAAUGAGAAGCUUUCCGAGACAGAAAACCUACUUACCAUCUUGCAGAAUGAACUAACCAUCUCACAGGAGAAGUUGGCGAGCAUUGAAAACGACCUUAAAGCGACUGUAAUAAGGGAAACUGAAGUCAUCGACAAACUUAAGUUAGCUGAGGAGAAGCUAGAGCAACAGAGCAAAGCCUUGGAGGAAGUGACUGCACAUAGGUCAGAACUUGUGUCGUCACACGAGACACUAUCAAGGGAAACAGACCUGAAACUCCAGGAGGCGGUUUCGAAUUUCACCACCAGAGAUUCCGAGGCGAAAGAUUUGCAUGAAAAAUUACAGGCUCUCGAAAGUCAAGUCAAAAGUUAUCAAGUGCAGCUUGUAGAAGCUACUGAACGAUACGAAACUGCCAACAAAGAUCUUGAUCAGAUAUUGGCGAAGCUGGCUUCUUCUGAGGGCAUCAAUGAAGAACUGAAAGCAAAAAUUUCGGAAGCAGAAGUUAAAGCUGACUCGUAUCUGUCCGAAAAUGCGGUCUUGUCUGAGAAUAUUGCUCAGCUCAGUGAGAAAGUUAAAGGUCUUGAAGAAAAGCUAACUACUACGGUUUCCGAGAAGGAAAUCUCUGCACAGCAACUUGCUUCUCACAUGAACACCAUAACCGAACUGACGGAAAAGCAUUCUAAAGUAUCGGAGCUUCAUUUGGCUGCUGAAGCUCGCUUUUCAGAGGCAAAAGCAAAGCUGGAAGAAGCUAUAAACGCACAUAGUUCAAAAGAUUCAGAAGCGAAGGACUUGCACGAGAAGCUAAAAGCUCUUGAAGUGCAUGUGAAGACACAUGAAGAACGGGCUGAGCAAGCAUCUUCACUUGUGAAGAGUCGUGAAUUAGAACUGGAACAAACUUUGUUUAAAUCUAAGGAUCUGGAGAGUGAAUUGGAGAAGAAAUCUGGUCAGUUUAACAAGGAGACUGAAGCAUUGAUUGAAGCUAACUCGAAACUCACUCAGGAUCUGGCUUUGUACAAAUCUGAGCUAAGUGAUUUACAGACGAAAUUGUCCAGUGUUUCGUCAGAGAAGGAUUGCACAGUUGAAGAGUUAAAUACUGCAAAGAAAGAAGUCGAAGAGCUGAGAGAGAGGCUUGUUUCCGAAGGCGAAAAGCUACAAUCUCAGAUAUUUUCGGUUAUGGAAGAGAAUAAUUUGAUUAACGAGACAUUUCAAAGUUCCAAGAAGGAUCUACAGACAAUGAUAGUACAACUUGAAGAGCAGUUGAAAGAACAAAAAUCAAAUGAAGAUGCCUUGAAAUCCAAGUUGGAAAUCCUCGACAAAGAAGUUGUUCAGAAAGUUGAGUUGCAAAAUCAUUUGAAGGAGCUUGAAGAAAAGUUAGCAACCGCGGAAGCUCGAUUUGAAGAAGAGAAAAAGUCGAUCUACCAAAAGGACCUGGAGCGAGAAGCCGCUUUGAAGCAAUCGUGUGAAGAAGUUGAAUCCAAGAAAAAAGAAGUUAUUCUUCUAGAAAACAAAGUGAAAGAUCUUGAGCAGAGCUUGCAGCUAGCUGAUGCUAAAUCGAAAGAAAAGGAUGCCAUCUCGGAACACAAGGACGAAACCGUAAAAUCGAGGGAGAUUGAAUUUGAGUCUCUAUCUUCAACUCCUUCCAAGCGAAAGAGUAAGAAAAAAACGGAGGCAACUUCAACUGGAGCAUCGCCCUCAGAUACGCAAGCACAUGCUGCCGCGGCAUCUCCGGCCAUGAACAUCACGCUCGUCUUAGGUGUGGCUCUUGUCUCAAUUAUCCUUGGCAUUGUUCUUGGGAAAAGAUACUAAGGUGUGUGUGGUGUGAUCGUGUUUCGAUUUAUUAUGCUUCAGAAUUGAUUCUUUUUUCCUUUUUUUUUUGUUUCUUUUUGGUUUCUUUCUAUUUGAUUCAAUUUUUACCCUUUUAUUUUAGUUUGGUCUUAGUAGAAGCUUUAUUUGUAUUGGAUUUUAUUUGGUUUUUGAUCUUCUGGUCAGGAAAUUUGGUUUUUUAUUUGAAACCUGAUCUGUAUUUAUAGCAUUGAAGGAAAAACAAGGAGAUGUUGUGUUCUUUGCUGUAAUAAAGUUUGUAUUUAUAGCCUA